AUGGGUAGGAGGUGCCUCUGCUGCUAUGGCAUGCCUCACGGCUGCGACUGGCCGGCGCCUCGGCGCGUCAGCUCGGCUCGGCGUAGCGAUAGUGGCAAGCGCAACUCGCCUGGACUCAACGCUCAGCCAGGGAGCUCCCGCACGCGCUGGCGCGAGGCAUGGCGCAUGCAACGCGCAGCAAUGCUCGCCUCGCCUCACGCAAAUGCGACCGUCCUCGCAGCCGACAGUCUCCACCGCCUGCUAAAGAAGCACCUCCCUUUGCUGGGGACCAGAAUUCUUCUUUUGCUUAUGCUGCCUCGCAUGCUGCCUCCGAAUCUCAUGCACAUGGCCAAGCUGUACACGCCCCCGGCGGUGCGGUGGGGCGUCGCCGGCGGCAGCGUCGUCUUUUUCCUUGCGUUCGACGACCUGCCUUCCAUCCUGCUCGAGACGCCUUACGGCCAGCCGUGUGGCUACCGCGAUCUCUUCGCCGCAAUGGGUUUGGUGAAGCCGAAGGCCGAUUGA